UAGCUUUGUGUUACGGAAUACCACUGCCACACUGCACUCUGAUUGCCCAAGUCUGAGCUGAGGCUGAGACCAAGCGAUUUAUGACGGAACAUUUCAGGAAGGAGCCUAUUGUUUCCAAGAAGUCUCUCCAGAUCCAGGCCAGGCAUAUACAUAUCUUUGAGCUUUGGAUGGUAUGUGCAUUGGCAUCAUGGCUAGGAGUGAGGAUAGAGAAAGAAAGAGACGGUUAAACGGGAUGAUGAGAGAUUUGCAGAUGGUAGAUCCGUCUGAGAUUCUCCCUCUUCUCACUUGCCUUAGUCAAAUGCGUAAGGAGCAGAUCAGAGCGAGGUGUAGAAAUGAUGGUGCUAUGGUUGCAGCAGCUGAACUUAUGGAGGAACUUCCAAAGAGGGAGGGAUGGUAUGAUAUCUUAGUGGAGGCACUGAGAGAGAUGGGAAAAACAACACUUGCUGAUCAACUGGAAGGGCCAGAGUUGCGAUCUAGUCCCUCAGUACCAUCUCAGAAUGUGGCUUCAGGGUCAAGCUUUCAAAGUGCUCAGAUGAAUCCGAUUCAAGCGAAACAACAGCAUAGUCCGUCACCUCCAGCAUGUGAUCCUCAGCAGAGACAUCCUGAAGCAGAAGCAUCUGUCACACCUGAUUAUCCGUCAAGAGCAGAAGAGAAAGAUGUCCAGCGCAAGGGUGCCAAGAAAGAGGUCAACAAUUCUAGAGUGGAUGAGAAUCCUGGACAGCAGCCUCCUUUAGGUGCUUCACUACCGACGCCACAAGCAAGAGAGACGGGAGGUUCAGCAGCUAGUAGCCCCGGCCGUGACCUACAGGAGAGGCAUGAUGAAUCCAAAUCGGAUGAGUGCAAUACCAGUCCACCCCCAGAAGGACGAUCGGCUCAGAUGCAAAGAGGAGCGUCCGGAGAAGCAGAGGAGCUUGCUCAAAACAUGUUGCCUAGCAACUCAUCAUCUGCAAUGGAUGCUGGUGCAGUUAGUGUCAGCGUUCCUCCAAGAGAUGGCAGCGUUCGCCCAAGAGAUGUCAGGUUGACUGGAAUAGAGGCUGCUGGUGGGAUGAAGGAAGAUGACAAGAUGAAGAGAAGAGAGGUGGGGAAGGGAGAGGAGGAGCGGAUGAAUAUUCCAAGUGAAUCAGAGCAAGAUAAUCAUGGCAAACAAAAUAACCUGAGUCCAGUUAUAGAUUCUAGGGCAUUCAACAAGAACAGUGACCGAACCGACUGUUUCAAGGCUCCCACAGAAGAGGAGGAUCUCUCAGGUACACCGUACACUUUAUCAUCCACUGUUGUUGAUCCUACGGAUGCUUGUGAUGCUCGUGCUACCGACCCAAUUAGUUUAAGCGAGAUUAAAGAAGGCAUAAGCACAGGGAAUACAGCUUCUCAAAGUGGGUCAUGCCUCCAGCAAAAUGAUAAAGAGUUGCGAUCUAUUCCAUCAGUACCAUCUCAGAAUGUGGCUUCAGGGUCGAGCUUUCAUAGUGCUCAGAUGAAUCCGAUUCAAGCAAAACAACAACAACAAAGUCCAUCACCUCCAGUAAGUGAACCUCAGCAGAGACAUCCUGAAGCAGAAGCAUUCUUCACACCUGGUUAUCCGCUAAAAGCAGAAGAGAAAGAUGUCCAGCGCAAGGGUGCAGAGAAAGAGGUCAACAAUUCUGAAGUGGAUGAGAAUCCUGGACAGGAGAUGAGACAGAGAAUGCCUGUAUCUGAUCCGCAAGCAAGAGAGACUCGCUCGGGAGGUUCAGCAGCUAGUAGCCCCAGCCGUGACCUACAGGUGAGGCAUGAUGAGUCCGAAUCGGAUGAGUGCAAUACCAGUCCACCCCUAGAAGGACGAUCAGCUCAGAUGAAAAGAGGAGCGUCCGGAAAAGCAGAGGAGCUUGCUCAAAACAUGUUGCCUAGCAACUCAUCACCUGCAUUGGAUGCUGGUGCAGUUAGUGUCAGCGUUCCUCCAAGAGAUGGCAGCGUUCGCCCAAGAGAUGGCAGGUUGACUGGAAGAGACGCUGAUCGUGGGAGGAAGGAAGAUGACAAGAUGAAGAGAAGAGAGGUGGGGAAGGAAGAGGAGGAGUGGAGGAAUAUUCCAAGUGAGUCAGAGCAAGAUAAACGUCUCCACAUCCCAAAACCAAGAAAUCAUCCUAAUAAUCAUGACAAACAAAAUAACCUGAGUCCAACUAUAGGUUCUAGGGAAACCAACAGGAACAGUGAUCAAACCAACAAUUUCAAGUUUCCCAAUGAUACCGAUAGCAUUAGAGAAGAGGGGCGUCUGGGGACAGGUAUACACCCUUUAUUAUCCAGUGGAGUGGAUCCUAGGGUUGUUCGUGUUAUCGACUUGAUAAGUUAAGCGCGAUUAAUGAUGGAAUCAGCGGAGAGAAUACAGCCUCUCAAAGUGGGUCAUGCCUCCAGCAAAAUGAUAAAGGUAAUACAGAAUCCACUGGAGAGGGGCAAGGAGGGGCUGAUAGAGGUGGAACGGGGGAGAGGGGUGCCAUUGGUGGUGUAGAAACUGCAGAUAAAAGUAUUGACAACCAAGAUAGUCUGCUUAGGAGAGUGGGUACUAGUGUUGUAAAGGGUGUAAGGGGUUACAUACCCACUGUGUGUAAUGCUGUAAGUGAACAUAUACUAAAACCCUGAAGAUAGGAAUACGUAUGUAAAGUCUAAUGGGUUGUCAAGUGUAGACCAGUAAGUUUCUAGUCAUGGCAUCGUUGCCAUGGGCAGCAUGAGAAGACAUCAAGAACUAUGAUGAUGAAACUAAUGUUUUUGUUGGCAAGAGAAGGAGAGAGAUUUUACAUGAAUGUGUUCUCAAGUAUGAAAACAAUAAGGUAUGUGGUCACAAGUAAAUACCUUGUUUGAGAAAGUUGUUUCUUUUCUAUUUUGCUUUUUUUAUAUAUUUUUUUUAUAUGAAUUAUUCAUUAAUCAUAUAAUAUUGAAUGGCCCAAGUUGAGGGUUGAUAGUAAGGUGAAUUACUGUUGAGUCUAUAACCAGUUGGUCUAUUGCCCAAUUAGUCUAUUCCCAUUUGGUCUACACCCAGCUGAUCCACUAUACACGUUUAGGCUAUUAGCCAUUUGAUUUUAUUUCCCAGUUUGUCUAAUGCCCAUACCUUCUUUAGAAAAUUUGAUGUUCUUCAACUCUUCCAUACGUAGGUAUUUUAGAUAUACAUGUGAGAUAAACAUGUACAUUUAUUUUUUUCCUCAUUUUUGUCAUUAAUUAUUAGUCAUCAGUGUCAUUUAUGAAAUCAACUCCAUACCAAACUCCAUACCAGCGAAAAUAAUCGAUAUAUAUAGGAUGAGUUUGUAUAUUAUUGGACUAUUGUAAUUAGUGCAAUAAAUGAUGUGAUGUGAUCACUGAAUGAUAGCUGACAACACACUUUAAAAUGUCAAAUCAUUAUUUAUCUGAUAUGAUGAACUGCUAUAAUACCAUACCACAGGAAUACAAGUAUGUAUGGUAAAUACUAUUGCCGAUUUGACUUUUGUUGUUGCUUAUUUUACAAUUUAUAAAUUACAAGUUUGUCAAUGUUCUCCUAAUUAAUAAACCAUAGUCUCUGCAGUAACCUGGACAAUACUCGUAAUCCUCAUCAAAUGAGG